AUGAAGGCGGCGCGGUGGAUGGGCACACGAGAAGUCGAAAUUGGAGUCGUUCCCAAGCCAACCAUCACGGACCCAAGCGACGCCAUUGUGCAAAUCACCCAUUGUACCAUCUGCGGAUCUGAUUUGCACUUAUACGAGGGAGACCUCAACGACGCGAUGCAAAAAGGCGACAUCCUGGGACAGGAAGCCAUCGGAUUCGUAGAAGAGGUAGGCCCGAGAGUCAAGUCCCUGAAGCCGGGAGAUCGAGUCAUCAUCUUGCCUAUCAUUGCAUGUGGCAGCUGCGAUUAUUGUCAGCGCCAGCAAUACUCUCUGUGCGAUGUCACAAAUCCCAGCAAGGAAAUGGAAACCUUAUAUGGCCACCGGCUGUCCGGGAUCCUGGGCUACAGCCGGCUCUGUGGUGGGUACCCCGGAAAUCAAGCAGAGUAUUGUCGAGUGCCAAACGCGGAUCUUUCGUGCGUCAAGGCACCGCGAGACAUCGACCCCCGCAAACUCCUUGGUUUGACAAAUGUCGUCACCACUGCCUGGCAUGCGCUAGAACUGGCCGAGGUGCAGGCCGGCGAUAUCAUCGGUGUCUGGGGCUGUGGGCCGGUGGGCCUCUCGGUUCAAAGGCUGGCCAAGCUCCGGGGUGCCAAGAAGAUCUAUGGACUAGACAAGGACCCGCAGCGGUUGCGGCUCGCCGAGGAAUUCGGCAUGACUCCCGUUGACGUGGGUGCGAACCCCGAGAUAGGCGAUUACAUCCUGUCGAUUCAGCCAGGUGGGCUCGAUCGAGCCAUCGAAGCCAGUGGAUUCCGCAGCACGCAGAAGCCGCCGCACGCUGCGAUGCGAGCGAUCGGUCUAGAGCGGGACAGUAGCGAUACGGUAGCGGCCAUCAUCAAGGCAACGCGCAAGGGUGGCAAUGUUGCGCUUAUUGGUGACUUCUUCUACACGACCCACGAUUUCCCAAUCGGACCCAUGAUGCAGAAGGCAUUGACGAUUCGCGGUGGUCAGGCAUGGCCUCAGAAGUAUCACCCGUUUCUACUGGAUCUCGUAGUGCAAGGCAAGCUGGACCCAUCUUGGAUGUUCACGUACGAGGACGAGUUCGAGAAUAUCGCAGACCACUAUCGCAAAUUCGCCCAACAUGAGGUCCCGGGGGGGUUGAAGGUGUGUUUGGUGACAGCGUUUGGGCGUAGCGAGCGGAUGGAGGCGAGUAGUGACAUGGGCAUCAUUCGCGAGGACGGAGGAUUCGUGACGCUGUAG